AUGAAGCAAUACUUUGACCCCCUGCAACAAGAAGCCCACGACGCUUUCUUCGUCAUUGGUCGCACUGGUCCUCCAGAGGUUCUCCCACCAAGUACAUCCAAGGAGACGUUUCAUGAAGUCCUCAAUCAGCUAAGACACAUUUGCGAGGAUGAGAACGUGAUAACGGGAGACAACCUCGUCAGUUUCAUCGACCCGUUCUCUGUCACUUCCUCACACGUCCCCUCUGCCGCAGUAUGUCCAAGCAAGGUCGCCGAGAUACAGCAGAUUCUGAAAUUAGUCAACACCCACAAAAUCCCAAUCUGGGUGUGCUCACGCGGCAAGAAUCUGGGCUACGGUGGUCCAGCACCUCAAAUAAAUGGCUCGAUCGUUCUCUCACUACACCGUAUGAGUUCGAUUCUCGAAGUCAACGAGCGCGGUGCUUAUGCCGUCAUCGAGCCCGGGGUCACGUUUCGCGACCUGUCAGAAUACUGUCUUGAAAAUAAACGAUCCGUGUGGCCGAAUGUACCGUCAAUAGGAUGGGGCAGUGUAAUCGGUAAUGCCCUCGAUCGAGGCAUUGGCUACAAUGCGCUCGGCGACCACUGGCACAACAUCAGCGGCCUCGAAGUUGUCCUCCCCAACGGCGACGUGGUCCGGACCGGACAAUGGGCAGCGACGGAUGCGCCGACGGCACACCUCUGCAAGAACAGUUUCGGCCCCUCGAUCGAGGGACUGUUCCUGCAGAGCAACCUCGGCAUCGUGACCAAGAUGAGUCUCUGGCUCCAGCCGCGCCCGCAGGCCUACAUGUCCGUCAAAGUCGAAGUGGACGCGUUCGCGGACAUUGCACCGCUCGUGGACGCCCUGGGCGCUCUGCACCGCGAGGACAUCCUGCAGAGCAACCCGCUCAUAGGCGACGUGGUAGGCCACCUGUCCAUCUUCAACACUGCGGCAGAACUCUACGAGGGCGAUGGGCCCAUCCCGGAGGACGUGAUCGAGACGCUCCGCGUCAAGAACUCGUUAGGCGCCUGGACGGCCAUCUUCGACUUUUACGGCACGAAAGCCAUGAUCCUCGCGCGUCUCGAGCGAUGCCGCGAGGUGUUGGAACAGUACUGCCCUUCCAUGCGUCUCACGAGUCGGUUGUUCGAACCCUCCACCGACAGCGACGGCGGGAUUUCCAACGGUAGUGGCGGUGGCGGUGACGCCGUCCUCGAGGCCCGCAAGAUCGCCGAGCACGGCCGCGGCGAACCGGUCGGUGUCGUCGGCACGUCGCGCUCGAGUAUGAUCAACUUCGCCCUUCCGCGUGACGGGCAUGGCCACGGCGCACACACGGACUUUGUGCCACUGAUGCCCAACGACGGCGCCUUCAUCCUGCAGUGGUUCACAGAGGCGCGCAAGAUCAUGGUCUCGCAUGGUUUCAAUGCCAUCCUGGGCGGCCGCGUGUUCAAGAAACACUCCUUCACCAUCCAGAUGAUGUUCUACGACAGUUCGAGCGCGACGCACCGCGCGAGUCUACCCGCAAUGUGGAGGGAUCUGGCGAAGGCUGCGGAGAAGUAUCACUUGACGAAUUACAGAUCUCACUUGGACAAUAUGGGUAUGAUUACGGAUAUUUAUCCCUCCCUCCCUCAUCUCCCUUUUCUUCUUCUUGUUCUUCAACAUCUCCAUCUCAUAUUCUGGCUGACUUGA